UCGGGCAGAUAUCAAGGGACAUGAUGGAAAGGGGCCAUGACCGGGACGCACUGCAGUGCAGAGGUAAAGUGAAGGAGCUGCAGAAUGCCUACCGCAAGGCCCGUGAGGCAAACUGCUGCUCCGGCGCUUCCCCCAUGAGCUGCCGAUUCUACAAAGAGCUGGAUGCAAUACUUGGGGGCAACCCCACCUCCACUCUGAGUACCACCAUGGACACUUCAGAGCCCAGUUCAACAAGGCAGAAGGAGGAGGAAAGCAGGAGAGAGGGUGCUGAGGAGGAGGGGGACAGCUGGGUAUCCCUAGAUGCAUGCAGCCAGAAGCUGAUUUCAAGCCAGGAGGAAGGUAGCCUGUUGCAGCGGACGGUGCUCGGGGAAGAACAAACACCAGAGGAGGUGCCCAAUGCAACCUUGAGAUCCCAGCCGUCCUUGUUAUUAAUGGCUGAAAGACUCCAAAGAAUCACCUCCAGGUGUUGA